AUAUUACUCUUUGUUUUUUUGAUGCGCUGUUAUCUUUCGGGUUAGGGUUUAGUUUAAUUUAAAAUUAGCAAAUAAAUGUGCCUAAAGUUUUGUCCAUCACAGUGUUGGUGACAAAAUUUAAGCAUAUUUUAUUCAUUCAAAUCGUUAGUAACAAACUACCUAAAUUUCUCAUGACUUAACCUGUAAUUGAAGAUCAAACUUUGAUUUGUGAAAGUUAUUUAAAAUAAAAUGGAAAAAGAACCGAAAGACGUUAUUCGAGUAGGCUCAAGGAAAAGCGAGCUUGCUCUUAUACAGACAAACCAUGUCAUUGACUUAUUAAAAACUGUUUAUCCAGAAAAAGAGUUUACUAUAGUUACUAUGACUACACUUGGGGAUAGGAUACUAAAUGUGUCGCUCCCAAAAAUUGGUGAAAAGUCAUUGUUUACAAAAGAUUUAGAAGAUGCUCUGAGGAACAAUACUGUGGACUUUGUAGUGCACUCAUUAAAAGACCUUCCUACUACAUUGCCUGAAAAACUCACUAUAGGAGCAGUUUUUGAGAGAGAAGAUCCAAGAGAUGCGUUGGUGCUAAGGGAUGGGCUGAAGGAUACGACGCUCUCUUCGCUGCCCGCCGGAUCGGUCAUAGGUACAUCUUCACUUCGACGCACCGCUCAGCUCCGUGGGUCGUACCCUCACUUGUCGGUGGUGGACGUGAGAGGAAAUCUGAACACACGUCUCAGGAAGUUAGACGCAGAGGAUGGACAAUAUUCGGCGCUGUUACUGGCCAGCGCAGGCUUGCACAGGAUGGGGUGGGCACAUAGGAUAUCUAAGAUAUUGCCGUGUGCAGAGAUGAAAUACGCGGUAGGACAAGGCGCGCUAGCUGUAGAGUGUUGCGUCGACAACUAUGAGGUGUUGUCGAUGCUCGCACCGUUCAAUCACCCGGAGACUUACUGCAGGGUGCUAACCGAAAGAAGCUUCCUCAAGACUCUAGGCGGAGGAUGCAGUGCUCCAGUAGGGGUAUCAACAAGAAUGAAGAAAGUAGACGACAAAUACAAGUUAUCCAUUACAGGUGCUGUGUGGAGUUUGGAUGGUACCACGCAAAUAGAACAUUCCCUCGAACACGCCUUCACAAAAAUAUGCAAAAGCUCAAAACACAGAUUGACUUCUACUGAAGAAAAUGGCAGUAAAAAAAUAAAAACUGAUGAAAGUCAACAUCCGGUGAAUUUAGUUGAAGAACAUAAUAGGAGGAUAUCUGAGCGCAGUGAUAAUUUGAACUGUGAAGACACUAGAAGUAGAGCGGAAAUCGAAACGCUCCAGGAAGAUGCGAAGAUUUUCUGCGGACUGAUAGAGAAUUCCAAUAUGCCUUUUGACGUUAUAGAAAAAUGCGAUAGUUUAGGUAAAGAGUUAGCAGAUGUGCUCAUUAGUAAAGGUGCUUUAGAAGUGAUGAAGGUCACUCAAGACUUGAUAAGAAAUUCCAUUGCCACCGAAUCGUGACUUAUUUUAUUGUAAGUAUUAAUAUAUUUUACUGUAAAUGUUGUACAGGUAUUAUGAACAAUGUAUAUAAAUGUUUAUGGAAUAUUUUCCGAGUUAUUUGUUUAUUUACAAAUAUAUGUACUUAUUGUAGCACUGUUUUUUGUUGAUUAAAUUGGUAAAUUAUGUUGGGG